CCUCGAAGGGUAUCUGAAGCAAAAGUGAGGGCACUGAUUGGAAAGGAAUGGGAUCCCAUAAACUGGGAUGGAGAUGUGUGGGAGGAUCCUGAGGAAGUUGAUGAUGUUGAGUUCCUAGAUGCUGAUGAGAUUAUUUUGCCAGAGGAAGAGGUCUCCCCACCCGCUCUGGCAGAGGCGUUGCCGCCUCCACUCCCUGAGCUGUUGGCAUCUCCUAGUAUGCCUCGGGAGACUCGUCCUGUGCUAAUGCCACAAAAUGAUGUUGACAUUCCUCAGGACCCACCCUCACCCCCCAUUUUUGCCUCUAGGCCCAUAACCAGGCUCAAGUCACAGAAGGCUCCUAAGGGUGACGUACAUACAGUAACCCACGAGGAGGUCCGCUAUUCUCCCAAAGAACUCCUCGAAUUUUCUAACUCUUACAAGCAGAGGCCUAAUGAGCAAGUGUGGGAAUGGAUUUUACGAGUGUGGGACAAUGGUGGAAAAAAUAUACACCUGGAUCAGGCUGAAUUUAUUGAUAUGGGCCCAUUAAGCAGAGAUUCUGAAUUUAACGUUGCAGCUCGUGGAGUAAAGAAAGGUGUUAAUAGUUUAUUUGGCUGGUUAGCAGAAGUGUGGAUCAAGAGAAGGCCCACUGUGAAUGAGUUAGAGAUGCCUGACGUUCCAUGGUUUACUACUGAAGAAGGGAUUCAGAGGCUUAGGGAAAUGGGAAUGCUGGAAUGGAUCUGUCAAGCUAAACCUAAUCCUCCAUAUUGGGACGAUCCAGAAAAUAUAUCCUUCACUAACACCCUGAGAAACAGAUUUGUGAGGGGA